AUGGAAUCUUUUGAACUGCUGCCGGACAACACGACAGUUACUGCCGAGGUCUACUGCGCUCAACUGCAAAGACUGGCCGACAAGAUCCGCAAGGAGCACCCGAAGCUCGACAACGCUCGUCUGCUGCAGGAUAACGCGCGCCCUCACAUCGCGAAGAAGACUUCCCAGAAAAUCCCAGACUACCACCUCUUUCGAUCGCUUCAACAUCACCUGGAAGAGAAGCGCUACGAUAAUCGUGACCACCUCGAAAAUGGUCUUAGGGCUUUCUUCGCCUCCAAGUCGAUGGAGUUCUACGCCAAAGGAAUCCGUGAUCUUGUGAGACGUUGGCAGAAAGUUGUCGACGUUGAUGGAGAUUAUUUCGUCGAAUAA